UUCAACAGGCAACAAAGGAAGAAAGGAAGAGGCCGUGAGCUGCAAAGUGUUAGCCAACCUAGUCAGAAACAUGCCACCUAAUUGUGUCAUUCUAAUCGGAAAUGUAAACCCGCACAUUUAGAGAAGAACAUCCGGACAUAUACACGCUUUAUACUUUCGUUUGGGCGCAGAAGCUGACUAAAGGGAAGGUAACGCUGUUGUUUCCGACAGCAAACGUUAACAAAGCUAGCAGAUUGAUUUAGUUAGUAAGCUAACAUUUAGCCAACAACCGUGAAGGAGCGUACCUUCGUGAACGUGUUGUACAACACAGAUGCCAACACCUCUGGGUUUUUUUUUGCAUAGUGAGACAGGCUGAAGUGACCGGCAUCAAAUGAAAGGUGGUGGAGGUGGAACUUGACCCAUCCAACUGAGUCACCAUUUUCCUGCACAUAAUGGGUUUAAUGGCUCAACUGUAUGCAUGACUUGUUUAGUGCGGCCUGAUGGGAGGACACUGUGGAUAGUACUUUCAUCAGGAUACCAGAAGAGCCAACCCAUGCCCCCACUUUGGAGGGCCCGUCAGAAUGAAGAAGAUAAGCCUUAAGACCAUCCGCAAGUCCCUCAGCAUAAAGUCAGGCAAAGAGGAGGGUGACUUUGUCAUGCUCCAGCAGCCUUCGCUGACUACAGAGUUUUCUAAGGAAGAGUCACUUUUUGGGGGCUGCUACAACAAAGAGCUUUCUGGCUGCGACCUCGGUGGUGAAGAGGAUAAAGGAGGCCCGAAUAAGGGCCGCUCAAAGAGCGAGGGACUGAUGGGAUCGCUAAAGAGGAGACUGUCUGCCAAGCAGAAGGCGAAAGUGAAAGGCAGCUCUUCUGCCAUCGGCUCAGUGGAUGAUGAUGACACCUUCUCAUCCUCUUCUGUGCCCGUCAGCUUCAAUGAGGUGAAAGCUCAGAGACCCCUCAGAUCUGCAUCCCUACGGAGUCACCAUUAUAGCCCCUCACCAUGGCCCCUGCGCUCAGUAAACUCUGAUGAGGCAUGUAUCAAGAUGGAGGUAAAAGUUAAAGCCAUGGUCCACUCUCCUAGCCCAAGUCCCAACUUAAAUGGUGUCCGGAAAGAUUUUCACGAUUUCCAAAUGGAAGGGCUCUUUCAGGACCAAGCAGAAUCCUUAAAGAAUUUCCAGCAGCCACAAAACGGGGAGCUGCAUCUAAAUAUUGAUGAAAAUGAUGUGCCUGUGGUGCUGGGGUUGACUCCCCAGGACUACAUCCAGUACACAAUGCCUUUAGAUGAGGGAAUGUACCCAGAAGGGUCCCACUCCUUCUGCCUGGACAGCUCCUCUCCUAUGGAGGUGGGGACUGAAGCAGACAACGGGUCCCUCCACACAGACCAGGGACAGGAGGAACAUGAACUGGUUAGUGGGAUGCCUCCAGAUCUCUUUAUGGAAACCUCAGUUAAUAGUCUUCUCAUCGGUUCCGCUGGUGUGGGGCUCCAAAGCUCUAGAGUAGAGGUCCCACCUCCUCUCUCUCCACUCCUACCGCCCAUAAGUAAUGCACUUAUUCCAAGGACUUUUUCAGGGUUCAGCUCUUCAGACAGCCAAGUAGCUGAGAGGGUAAGACACCACCUCAACUUUGACCCAAAUUCAGCUCCCGGGGUCAGUCGGGUGUACGACUCAGUCCAGAGCAGCGGGCCCAUGAUCGUCACCAGUCUGACAGAGGAGCUGAAGAAGCUGGCAAAGCAGGGCUGGUACUGGGGCCCCAUCACACGCUGGGAGGCCGAGGAAAAGCUGGUCAACUUGGCUGAUGGUUCGUUCCUGGUCAGAGACAGCUCAGAUGACAGGUACCUGCUCAGCCUGAGUUUUAGGUCCCAGGGCAAAACCCUCCACACCCGCAUUGAACACUCUAACGGACGGUUUAGCUUUUAUGAGCAGCCUGAUGUGGAGGGACACACAUCCAUCGUUGACUUAAUCGAACACUCUAUCAGAGACUCGGAGAAUGGAGCUUUUUGCUACUCCAGAUCUCGCUUACCAGGGUCUGCAACCUACCCCGUCAGACUAACCAACCCAGUAUCUCGGUUUAUGCAAGUGCGCUCCCUGCAGUAUCUCUGUCGCUUUGUCAUUAGACAAUACACAAGGAUAGACCUGAUCCAGAAACUGCCCUUGCCUAACAAGAUGAAAGAUUAUCUGCAGGAGAAGCACUACUGACGACACAGAGAUAGGACAGUGGUAGCAAUUUGCACUUUUGUGUUCAGUUAAGAGAUUUAAACAAGGUUUACAGACAACCACAGUUUUACGACGAUUGGUUCUGGUGGCUCUUGAUUUGUGUGCAGAUGACUCCGUCACUGUUUAGUCCUCCAUUCCACUGUUCUUGGUUUUUUUUCUGCUGGUUUUAGAAGGCUCUACUUCCAGAAACAUAGGCCAGCACAUAAUCUAUUGCAAAAAUAUAGAAGAGGUAUACAGCCAAGUUGAUUACACUAAGUGCAGCUAUUAGACAUGCAUUGGGAUGUAACAUCCAGCUGUGCAAGUAGAGCUGAUUUUCAAAGAAUUGCUAUCUGCUUUAAGGAUGAGCCUGUAGGAAGAAAAUUCUUUUAAUUUAUUUCCACCAAAUUGUACAUUUCAAAUAUGUAAAAGCAUACAAACAAAAGUUUUUAUAUCAAAUGUUAAGCUUUCUGCAAACUGACCAACUUGGAUCAUCUUUUGCUUUUUGUUCCCCUAAAAGGAAAAUUAGAACAUCUGCAUCCAUACUGUGCAAUUAGUCAAACAGCAAAGCUUCAUCAUAUAGUAAGUGGUGAUGACCAACCUAUUUCAUGUUAACCAGAUUUUUGCUAAUUUUCAAACUUAAAAACUUAUCCCGUGGAUGCAGUUUCUUCCUCAGGUAUUAUCUGACUGUUGUGGCAUGUUACAGUUGACAUAUACUACAAAUACAUUUGUAUUCUUAGACUGGUGCAGGCUUCAUUUUUGUAUUUGUCUACUUCUACCACUAACCACGGCACCAUAUCAAUAAAAAACAUGAGUUACAAGGGUUUACCAGGUCCACAACAUUUUGUUGCAAAAGAUGUCCAAAAUGUGCCAGUCUCUGAGAGGGGUUUAACAGUUUGUUUAGAGAAAGUAACUUUAAAUUGUAUGGCUGCAUGUAGCCAAUAAAAAAAAAGUGCAAGUCUCAAGGUACUGACAAUGCUGGAUUUGAAUGUGCUGUUGGUAGAAACAGCAUCAAGUUGAUGUAUGAACCUUUUUUCAAAAUGUUACCAUUAAAUAAAAAAAUAACAAAUUUGCAUUAGGAAUGUUACAAAAACUGCACUGCAGCUCAGGCCUAACAACUUUGUCUCUAUCUGUAAUGCUUGAAUCUGCAUGUAGUAAAGGCUUUAAGUCAGUCGAUAACGGGCACUGUAGAGUCACUCUAAAUGAGAGGAUGUCACUGUAAAAGGGUGCAAGAGCUUGGCUUGUUUAAGUGCAACUCUGAGUAAAAGCCUUUUUAAUGCACAAUUGCAUUGCCCUGAGUUAACCUACAACUGAAAUCAGGCCUCUAGUCAAUUGACCUGAAUCUGUAUUGUAGUGAUAGUUGUUUCUAAGUCUCUCAAUGUCAGCGAUGUGCUGGAUCCGGUUCAAAAGAAUCCCAGAAAUGGUGUGAGCUUAGACAAAAGGAUGUGGGAAAGCCAGGGUUAAAAGUGUUUCUAGCCAUCUUGGAGUAAUGCCGUGGUUUCAGCAUACGACAAAAGUGCCAUCACAGCUGCAUGGCAUCAUCAGUGUCAUAUGGGUUUCAAGGACAU